AUGUACAUGCAGAAUUUGUCAUCCCUUAUCCCCAUAAACUCGAGAAUAUUUAGUCUCCUUUUGCAACCUUCUUGCCUCCAUGCAUGUCCGACAGGCAAGAAUCAGCCAGCGCCGGCCUACGUCAACGUGGCCGUAGCUGCUUUCGGCUACAGCUCUGGUCUGGCAGACUGGCAGCAGUUCUCCAGCUACUCGCCAUCGGCACGGAGGCUAGCGCAUGUGCGUCAGAUGCGACUACAACAACGUGAACACCAUCGACAGGAGGCCGGUCGCGAGGCAGAUGAGCCAAAUGAGACUGGUCAGGUGGAGUCACGGUCCGAUCAGUCUUCUGCCGUCCACAAGUCGGCAAGUCAAUCUUCCCGUCUCGGUAGAAUGCAGUCCGUCGUGAAGUCACCGCCACCUGCCGACUCGUUUUAUGUCUCCACGUCCGGACGAACAGAGGCCAUAGUUAACGGGUCAGGCGACAUGUCGCCAGGUCUUCUGGACACCUCGAACACCGGCUCGGAGGCAAGUGAACCGGAAACUGACACGGUCGUCCAGAGCCGGCUAGAAGCUGGUGGCAAUCGGCGAAAUGCAGGCCGCCCGAGGCUUGCAACAGAGCAAAAGAUUGAAGGACAAUUGAAGCACGGAGAUUCGCCGAGGUCAGACUUGCCGGCGGUUCGAGUGGACGAUCAAGGCGUAAUCACCGAGACAACUAGAACUCUCAGAAGGCCAAAUUUGGCAAGUCAACUCGCCAAAAUACAUGCAGAUAUUUGCAAACUGCAUAAAAUAAGCAGAAGCUGA